GCCCGGAGCCGAACGGCGGCGGACCCGGCCCGGCCCCGGUGCAGGCCAGGCCCCGCCAUGGCCCGGGACCCGGCCUUCGUGCUGCGCUACCUGGCCGAGGUGGAGGAGCUGGCCGAGGACGUGCUGGCGUCACGGCAGCAGAUCGUGGACCUGGACGUGAAGCGGAACCGCAACCGCGAGGCCCUGCGGGCGCUGCACAAAGACCCGGAGCCCGACGAGAAGGCCAUGGUUUGCUUCGGGAACAUGUUCAUCGAACUGCCGAAGGCGAAGACCCGGGAGAUGCUACGGCAGGACCAAGAAGAGCUGGAUGAGGAGAUAAACAACCUCCGGAAAGAGCUGCGGGUGAAGGUCAACCGGCUCUAUGAAGCUCAAGGUAAACCUGAGCUGAAGGGGUUUAACCUGAAUCCCAUGUCUGCCGAGGAAAUGAAGCUCAUCAACCGCAUCCUGGAGGGCUGAGGUGGCCGUGCCAUUGUCACAGUGUGCUUAGCUGUCACUGUGGGCUCAUGUUUCAAUAGCCACAGUCCUUGGGAUUUGCAGGACAUUGGUGUGUCCAGAGUCCACCCAGGUGAAGGCCCUGGGAGUCUUUUGGCUCCUCAGCUACAACUCUGCAGUUUUUUUGGAUCACAAACCCUUUCCUGCUCUGUGCUGGACCUUGGUUGGCGGAGCUGUGCUGGACAGAGUGCUGAGGGUUGGAAAGACCCACUGCUGGUGUGGAAGUGGGAUCAUUAAAAUCAGAGCAGUGGGGCAUUCCUGA